AUGGCCAAAGUAGAACUCAUGCUGAUGGACAGCCAGCAUCGUGCCGGCUCCGGCAGGAUGCUUACUGACUGCGCUCAUUUAGUCGAACGUCUGUUUUCUACCAAUAUGAGCUCUUGGGGUGGAAUCGAGGGUCACGUCAGAUUUGAGCUAACCAUCAUGUGGUGCUACUAA